AUGGUUGGCGAUAUGACUCGCUUCACCAACACUCCUACUGAGGAUCUGAGGAAAAAGGCUUUGGAGUACGAGGUUAAGGGCACUCUUCUCAACUAUUUGCUGACUAAUCGCCAAGAACAAGAGGUCCAAGAGGCGAAGCAAAAGGUGAAGACCGUUGAUGAUAAUCUGGCUGAUAUUGAGAAGAGGUAUACUGAGACCAAGACCAAGCUGGAGGCAGAUAUUAAGAAGCUGAAGGAAGAACAGGAAGGCGAGGCGGAGAGGUUGAGGAAAGAGUAUGAGGAGAAGCUGGCCAAGAUUAAGGAAAGCUAUGCCGCUUCUGAGACCAAGCUUAAAGAGAAUGCCGCUGCUCAGGACGAGAAGAUUUCUAAGCUUUCCAAGGAGAGGGAUGCGGCGGUAUUUUCCGCUGGGACUUUAGCUGAUGAGAAAGCUAGAUUAGAGAGUGAUGUCACAGAGCUUCAGCUCUAUGCCGCCAACCAAUAUGACGAGGGCUUUUCUUUUGCUAUAGAACAGGUCAAGCUUCUUUUUCCAGAUCUCGAUGCUAAGCGCCUUGGCGAAGCUGAUGCAAUGAAUCAAAUUGUUGACGGCAAGCUCGUUCCCUACGUUCCUCCUCAGUGA